AUGUCGGCUUCUCCAUCCAACCUUCAAUCGGCCAAGCGUCCUCUCGAGGACCCUUCGUCGCCCUCCGGUCCCAAUGACCAGCCUGAGGCCAAGCGCCCAGCACUGGACAAAGUAGUCAAGAGCGAUGCCGAGGCGGAAACAGAUGUAUCCAGUAGCCAGGUUCCUGCUGUGGACGGUGCCAAGGAUACCCAGGGAGAUACCGUGGUUCCCGAUGCGCCCAAUGGCAAGGGUCUCCCUGUCGACACCCAACCCAUCCAAUCAACAGCUUCCCAGGCCGACCGAGCAGGAUCUGACCAAACCCCCCAGGACGAGUCGAGCUGGGUUCAUAUUCGUGCUGUGAUCUCCAGCCCGGAGGCAGCCACCGUGAUUGGAAAGGGAGGUGAGAACGUGUCCCAGAUUCGUCGUCUGUCCGGUGCCAAGUGCACUGUCAGUGAUUAUUCUCGUGGUGCGGUGGAGCGUAUCCUGACCGUCAGCGGUCCACAGGAUGCUGCUGCCAAGGCGUUUGGUUUAAUCAUCCGUACCCUUAACAAUGAACCUCUUGAGGCCCCUUCCACUGCCCAGUCCAAGACGUACCCUCUGCGUUUGCUAAUUCCUCACAUUCUAAUCGGUUCCAUCAUCGGCAAGGGUGGCAGCCGCAUUCGCGAGAUCCAGGAGGCCUCCGGCGCUCGCCUGAACGCCUCGGAUGCUUGUCUCCCUCUUUCCACCGAACGAUCACUCGUUAUCCUCGGUGUUGCGGACGCCGUUCACAUUGCCACUUACUACGUCGCCGUCACCUUGGUCGAACAGCUAUCUGAACGUUACGGAGGUCCCGCGGCUUCGGCAUAUGCCACUCGCAGCGGUGGUCCUGCCGGUGCUGUCCCUGGUGGUAUGCAAGUUGUGCCGUAUGUUCCUCAGCCCGCCGGCGGCCAAUACGGCCAUCCCGACACGUUCAAGCGUCACCCUCACUCCAACCGUGCCGGUGCUGGUGCAUUCGGUGUUCCCUACCUGCCCGGUCAGCCAGCUCCUGCUCCUGUUCCUCAGACCCCAAUGCACUUCCCCGCCGCUCCCCAUGCCCCUUACGGCGGUGCAGGACCUCACCAGCCCGCUCCCUACGUUGGUGGUCCUCAACAGCCGACCCCUGGCCGUGGACCCCCAACCGCCCCUGCUCCCGUGGGCGGCGCCAUGCCUGGUCAGCCACUGACCCAGCAGAUCUAUAUCCCCAAUGACAUGGUUGGCGCCAUCAUCGGCAAAGGAGGUGCUAAAAUUAACGAGAUCCGCCAUCUCAGCGGCAGCGUGAUCAAGAUCAACGAGCCCCAGGAGAGUAGCAACGAGCGUCUGGUUACUAUCACUGGUACCGCGGAGUGCAACCAAAUGGCCCUCUACAUGCUCUAUUCCCGACUUGGUUCGUAUUCCCCUUCCCAGGAUGAAGAUUCUUAUGCCCAGGUUCUAACGGAUGGACCAGAGAGUGAGAAACACCGAGUCUAA